CAAACUUCCAUUUGACUCACGCGCUCCCGCCCUUCUCCUUCGUAUUAGGUGCCUAGUUGGCUCCUUCCAUGUAAAGGUGCGCCUUCGUCUUCUCUGAGUCAUUACACUACGUUCGCUUGUCAUGCUCGUUCUUGCCCUUGUAAAUAAAUGCGGGCCAUAUUUCGACAGCUCUCUCCGCUCCUCCAUGCUUUCUCCACAACGCCCACUUGCUUACCCUGCCUAGUCCAGACAGUAGGGCUACCAAAGACAACACUUUUUAAGCUGCCGAACCUCUCAUUUGUCUCGUCCUUCCACUCCUCGGCCAUCAUGUCACACCCCGAUAAAGCGCCUUAUGCGCCCCAGGACCCCGCAGAGAUCAGACGACUUGUCCAGGCCCUCGAGUCACAUAAGGGCAAGAAGAAAGGCGCUGGAGGCUUUUCAGUCAAGAAGCACACCUUCCCGUUACCCAAUGGACGCACGGUGGAUUCUUGGAAGAUGAACGAUUGGGACUACAAGAAGGAGAACUUGCCCACAUACGCUCGGGGUCUGUUCACGUACAGGAAUAUGAAAGGCGACUACGAGAUCGCGGUGCGGGGUUACGACAAAUUCUUCAAUCAUGGCGAAGUAAGGAAAACGGAGUGGCGGAACGUCGAGAAACACACACGAGGGCCGUAUGAGUUGAGCGUGAAGGAGAAUGGCUGCAUUAUCUUCAUUUCGGGCUUGGAUGACGACACCUUGCUGGUUUGCAGCAAGCAUUCGACUGGAGCGCGAGCAGAUGCAGAUCUUAGCCACGCCGUGGCAGGGGAGCGGUGGGUGGAGAAGCAUAUCGCCGCCGUGGGCAAGACGAAGCAGGAUCUGGCCAGGAAACUAAGGGAGAUGAACGCUACACUCGUUGCUGAACUGUGCGACGACUCGUUCGAGGAGCACGUUCUCGCGUACACCCCCGAGAACGCUGGUCUUUACGUCCAUGGCAUCAAUCUCAAUCUUCCCGAAUUCGCGACUUACCCCGGCCCGCUGGUUGACAAGUUUGCUGAUGAAUGGGGAAUGAAGAAGGUCAUGUAUGUCAUGGAAGACGAUAUCCGCAGAGUUAAGACAUUCCUCGAGGAAGUGGCUGAGACUGGAAGCUACAAUGGACGCGACACCGAAGGUUUUGUCAUCCGUUGCCAGGCGCGGGAGACCGAAGAUUCUCCUUGGGUUGAUUGGUUCUUCAAGUACAAGUUCGAAGAGCCAUAUCUUAUGUAUCGCCAGUGGCGCGAGUGCACCAAAGCCAUGAUCAGCGGAAAGCCUCCGAGGUACAAGAAGCAUGAGGCCAUCACAAAGGAGUACUUGGACUAUGCACGUCGGAGGAUCCAGCAAGAGCCCAUUAUAGGGAAGAUGUAUAUGAAGAACCACGGCAUCAUCAAACUCAGAGACGACUUCUUGAAGGCCCGCGGAACGACCGGAGCUGAGAUCAUUCAGCAAGAGAUAGCCCAAGGAGCUGUGCAGUCAAAGGACGUUACAAAGAACGUGGUCCUAGUUCCUGUUGCCACCAUCGGCUGCGGCAAGACAACGGUGGCACUGGCCUUGGUGAAGCUCUUUGGCUGGGGUCAUUUCCAGAAUGACAAUGUGAAGGCAAAGAAAGGAAGGGCCCAGAUUUUCGCGGAUACCGUUGCCACUAUGCUCGUAUCGAACCCGGUUGUCAUCGCGGAUAGGAACAACCACCAGAAACGUGAGCGCGAGCAACUCAUCACCGAUGUCUCCAAAGCCGCUCCGGAUGCUCGCUUCGUUGCGCUCCACUAUGUGCAUGACCGUGAAAAUUACGACGAUAUUCGGAAUGCGACACGCGAUCGAGUGCUUGCUCGUGGAGAUAACCAUCAAACAAUUCAAGCAGCUUCCAAGAACCCUGGAGAAAUCAUCGAAAUCAUGGAAGGUUUUAUGCACCGAUUUCAGCCCGUAGACACCUCGGAAGCUCCCGAUGACCAAUUCGACUUCGUGAUCAACAUCGAUCCAACGGUUUCGUCUCGGGAGAACCUCGAGGUGGUCAUCACAAACCUGUACGAGAAGUACCCAGCUCUCUUCAAGGACAGAGAGAUGCCCAACGAUAUGGAGCUCGACGCUGCCAUCGACUGGGCCAUGAACGAAUACAAUCCCGACUUCAAAAUGGACCUCUCCCGCGGCGGGGGCAAGCAGGGACAGAGACAGGCCUCAAACAAGCGCCAGAAUCAGGACCAGUCUCAGCAAGACGAACCACGUCCCAAGAAACAGCCAAAAAUGGAAUACUUCUCUGUCCGCGUGGACAGCCAACGUAUCAAGUCCAUUCUCGAGGCCAUAUUCAGCGACAAGGAUGCCCAGACGGCAAAGACUUAUCGGCAACUCAAACAGUCUCGCCGACUGCAGCAGGAAUUCCACGUUACGCUUGUGCAUCGUGCUUCCGCUCCUCAGAACCAGGCUUACUGGGAUAAGCUACUCAGGUUGCACUCCGCUGUCUAUCAGGCCGAUGAUCCCGCCAAGAGCUCCACGGAGCCCGAGCUUGGCAAGUGUGGUGUCCACCUCGAACGGGUGAUCUGGGACGACAGGCUGAUGUGCUUUGUCGUUCGCUUGGACGGUUCGGCUAAUCUGCAACUUGACAACGAGGCGGACUCGGAGGAGCUGGUGUUCGAAACGGUGAAUCUUGUAGCGCACAUUACGGUGGGGACGGCGAAUCCGAACAUCAAGCCGAAGGAGAGUAAUGAUCUUCUGCAGAAGUGGCUGAAUGAAGGAGCGAAUGAGGAGAACGGGAUUCAUGAGGAGAUUGUCAAGGGGCAUGUGGUGCUUGACGGGAGUGUGAGAGGCGUUUUCGGAAGGCUCUAGGAGAGCUCGAAGCGACCAGCGAAGUUCAACGGAAUGAGAGGAACGUCCAGGAUGGUCAAGGCCUACUAGCCACAUGCCCCUGCAGGGACAAAGGAUUUGAAGUCAGGAAUGGACCAAAGAGGGAGCUUCCAGAGCGAUUGGGACUUAUCAGCGUUACAUUGCAUGGCGUACUGAAGGAAUAGGUGGAUAUCAUGACAGUCUACCAUGGUAUUCCCUAAAAAGGAUGUAGAGAUAAGGUGUGAAUGGGGGAUAUUUGGGACCAGGCAUACUCUACUCUGCCUCGACACCGCUCUGUGAGCCCUUUAGCUGACAUAAUAUACCACUCUUGCCU